UUUGAAAAGUCGAACAGGAACAUAGAAACAAAAUCAUUUGAUCUAUAAGUUCUCUCAAUGUAGUUUUGCUUUUAAAAGCAGAACUAUUCAUCAUUUCAAAUAGUUAUAUUAAUACGAAACGGCAACUUUUUAUAUAAUCUUUCUUAAUAUAAAACAAUUUAAUUAAAAAUGCAAAUUAUUCUGGCGAAUUUAUUUGUUGCUGCUAGUUUGCUGGUGGUUUUAAGGGGUUGUCUCGGUCAGACUGGUUUCUGCAAUGAAGCACAUCGAAAGAAUCCGAACACACAAGUUAUGGAAAUAUGCACCGACCAAGCAUCAAGAAAUUCAACUGUCUUUAUCGAUACCUUCAAAGUCUCAAAAUUCCAAGACAUAAUUUGUGAAUGUAACAUUACGCCUCCAGGCCUUGAUGUUGGAUUUUACUUUUCAUUCUUUGAAAUGAGUGUAGCAAAGGGCAUGGCGUUUAGAAUCGACACACUGGUGCUAAAUGAAACAGUAAUGAGGGGUGCAUUGCAUUUGUGGGACGUUACGUCACUUCGGUUCUUUACGUCAGAACAAUUUGAAAAUGGCGGAGCAUGUUUGAUUGUCAAAUCAGUACAUGGCCCAUUUGAUAUCAAUUGUGCGCAACCGGAGACGAAUUCCAGUCAAGAUGUUAACAAAGAAACACAUGGCUACGACUAUUAUAUAACCUUGAUUGUGUUACCGGUACUUGGUGGCAGUGUCAUUGUCAUCUUGACAGUCAUUUUCGUGAUUUGUAUGAAAAGGCAUCGGGCGAUUGAAAACAAGAGACCAAGCACUCAAUCAAAUAAAGUCUCAAUGUCAGACUUAGUACCAAACACAGAGCAACGUGAAUGUGAUACUAACACUUACGAAAUACCUGACCAAAAUGUUUAUGAAGGUUUGGACAGACAAGGAAAUGAUUUACCGGCUGACACGUACCAACAUCUUUAUACAGAAACAAACAAUUCACAUGGCAAAAGUCAAUAUCUAAACCUUAGUAACCAACAGUCGGACACAGACAAUUUGGAAAACGAGUAUAAAAAUACGUCUGGAAAAGGUAGUUUUAGUGACGGCAUACACACUAAGAAUUCGUCACAUGAAUAUGAAAGAUAUAAAGCUAACGCAACUGAUCAGAUGUACGAAACACUACAAACAGACGAAUGAACUUGGUCUAGACUAACUUUGCCGAAUGAUUAAGGAACACACACGAGUGACGUUAAGGCCAUUAGCUCCCUUUAACCUAAAAUUGAAAUUACAUGUGACUUAAAUGAAUGAUAUAACUUGCGAAGCUUAUAUAAAUAUGUUUUAGAAUUAAUAGAGUGUAUUUUACGUGUACAUGUAUUUAGAGUUUUGUUAGAUAAUUUCACCACAUGCACACCUGUAAUAAUAUGAUAAAUUCAAAUCUGACCAAUAUUAAAUUGUUUGGAUUAGGUAAAGAACAAAUAUUCAGAUAAAAAGCAUAACUAUGUAAAACUAUUGAGUUGUAAAUAAAAAGAGGAUACAGUAAAAUAGUUGAUGAAGACAUCCUCUGUUUUCCAAGUUAGCAGAAACACAACUAUAUGAACUAACAUUUAAGACUGUGGACAUACUAAAUAAAUCUUAGUCCUAACUAUAUACAGGUGUACUGACUGUGUAUACACAGAUAAUUUCAAAGUAUUUUAAGGAUAAGCAAUUUAUGUUUUAAUGCUUAAUGUAAUUAUAUACCAUUGCCAAUUCUUAUUGAUGGUGUAAUUCAAAGAACCAUUGAAACACAGUUUAAUAGUAACCAUGGUAACGUGAUAAUAUAUAAAACUGUUUUGACCAUUUUCAAGCAUUGUUGUUCAUUUAAAUAUUUAAAAUGGAACAAAUUUUGAUUAACUAUGAACAAAUUUUAAAUAAAAUCGUAAAGAAAGCUAUUAUUCACAGAAAUAACAGACAUUACACCGUCAGCAUGCAACUGAUAUUUAUAAAUAUAUAAUGAAAUACUUGAAAAUGUUUAUUCUUGUGAAUUGUGUGUUUAUACUUUUGACUGACAUAAAACUAUAAUAUGUUUGUAUCUGAUUUUAAACUUAAUUCUUUGAAAUUGAAAACAUUUGCACAAUAGAAAAAUGUUUUCAUGGUAACGCCUAGCUGACGUUUUUGCACGUUAUACAUAGUACUCUCAUACAUACAUACAUAUGUUUGAAGUUUGAGCUAAUUCUGAGACAGGAGCAAAUUUGUCCAUUAGUAAAUCUUGCCCUUUAUAUUUUACCUUCAUCUAGAAUAUACGUAUUUAGAUGUUGUAAAAUGUCAUGCUGCUAAAUCUAGCAUCAAGGUUACUAUUGUUGUAAUGGACAUAAAAUUGUGGUAUUUUAUGUCAUAUUUAGCCCAAGAGAUGUUGUACAUUAUAUAAUGUAUAUAUGUUUCAUUAUCUAUGUGUGUCUUUGAAAUAAAAUGAAAAGAAGCAACAAGAUUUUUGCUAUUUUUAAAGCCGAUCCCUGCUAGAGAUUGUUCUGAUUUUGUUGUUUACUUUACCUUGCUAAGACAUUAGUUGACUGAUCUUGUUUUUUCACAUGGCUAGAACGAUAGUUUGUCUAUUAUUUUUUCUCCAUAUGUAUCUUUAAAUUGAAAUUUUAUAUAAAAAACAAUCUAUGAAAGGUAAUGAUAUAAUUAGAUUAUGUUUGUUAAAUGGGCCCAUUUACAUAUUCUCUUAUUUUACUCCUUGUUUGUUAUUGCUCAAUCAUUGGAAUCGUUUUUCACCGCUUAACUAAGAGAGAUUUUUUCUCUCUUUGUUUUCUUUCCUCUCUAUCACCCUCCAUACUGAAUCUUUACCAUGUUUCCUUAUGUCAAAUGGCCUAUCAUGUUAUAUUUCACUUAUAUAUUCCAGGACUAUAGUUUAUGUCACACUUUCUAUGAAGAAUGCGGACUUUGUUCGUGCAUCUGAAUACCACACUUUGUUUUUGAUACGCUGUUUGUUAUUUUAUCCAACUUUAUGUCACACUUUCUUUUAAAAUUAUGCUUAAUAACUAUAUAUUUAUACUUUCGAAAACCGUAAAUUUAACUUCUGUAAGCUAUCAGACAUGUCAAGUCCUUAAAAUGUGUUGUUUUCACUUUAACAUAAAUAAACUGCAUACCCAUGGAAGAGCAAAUUGAAAAAAAUAUAUCCUAAAUAUUAAUCUUUUGCCAUUAUUUUAUUACACAAAAGGCUUAUUUAAGAUACAUGGAGAAAUCAAUAAAAGAUGGUUGUUAAAUUAAUUUUGCCAUGUUAGAUAAAAUCUUGAUUUCAUCUUAGUUGUUUCCUUUAAAACACAGACCCUAAUUAGAAAUAAUAAUAUUGAGUCAAUUGUUUUAAAACUGCUAUGCUUGUAUAAGCACAUCCUUGAGACACAUAGAUUUGCGCUGAUAGGAGCACUUGUAGGAUCAAAACGACAUUCAGAUUAAUUAAAUAUUCUGGAAAAGAAAGAAUACUCGGUAGCAAUAAAGUGAAAAAUCUAGUUUGAUUUAAACCUUAUUUGUUCAUGAUGAAACAUGUACUUUUGCUUAACUUAUAUUUUAUCAAUAAUCAAGCUGGGUGGGGUGAGAGGUAAACUUAACGAUUUUUCUUUUUACCUUUAUAAUAAGUGGCAUUUCUAUGUAUGAUGCAUAAUGCAUAAAUAUUUUUUGACUACGUAUAGUUAUACGUACAACGGCUAACUCGAAUGUUAGGCAUCGGUAUUAUAUAUAUUUUUACGUGAAUUGAUUUGUUAUCGAGGAAAGUCGAUAAGACGAACUCGGCAUAAAAAUACAAACAAUAAUUAACGAACACGAUAUAUGUCAAUAGAAUGUAAAAUUAUUUACACAGUUACCCGAGGUAAAUGUAAAAUUAGAAAUAAACACAUUACAUGAAAAGGUAGGAUGUGGUUAUAUACAAAAAUCGCUCAACCAUAUUGUGGCAGAUUUUGAUUAUAUCUAAAACAAUUUUAUUUAUCUUUUAUUCAUUAAAAUAAUUUCUCUCUAAAUUUCUUCUGUUUACAGUAAAGCAUUUCAGAUUCACUUAAAUCCAUGAAUUUUGUAGUGUAAAAUUGG